AUGCUGUUCUUAUACCACAAUAAUGAUAAACUGUGUACUGUAUACGCUAUAUCUAAACGUGACUGCUUACUGCAGGUUUCCGCUUCGUGUAGAGUAGGAACGUUGCAAAAACGCAAUUUGCAGUUUGCAGGUCGCAUCCCAGAAAUGAAAAAUAGACGCUGGAUUCUGCCUCGAUACACAUUUUUAGUUGGAGCUGACAGUUUUUGCGCACUAUAA